CCCACCGAAUUCGAGAGGAGACAGAAGAAUCAGCAGUUCGCCAACGCUGCUCGUGCUGGCAAGAAGCCGGUACAUGCAUCUCGGCGAGACCAGCUUGCAAAGCGGAGCCCUGUUAGUCUAACAGCGCUAGCCGUUGUCGUCUUUGUUGUAUGCGGAGGAGUUCUGUUCGAGCUGGCACGAUACAUCUUCUUAUGA